UCACGUUAUCAGACUGUUCAUGUGUGUUUGAUGGGACUCAUGUGUCAUCUGAUGCUGCUGCUCGUCGCUUCAGGUUGCGUGUGUGUUGUUGGUAUACGUGUGUACACGUCAGGUAAUGUUGAAGCAGUGAACGGUACAGACGUGCGUCUCAAAUGCACCUUUCAGAGUUCAGCAUCGGUCAAACUGUCAACUAUCACCGUGUCCUGGAGCUUCAGACCUCUCGGACCCGGACAGGAAGAGACGGUGUUUUAUUAUCAUGAAAAGACGUUUUAUCCACUGGAGGGGCGUUUCUGGAGGAAGGUCAGAUGGGACGGCGACGUCCAAGGCCGCGAUGCCUCUAUAGUUCUGCGGAAAGUGCCGUUCAGUUAUAACGGAACGUUCAGCUGCCAGGUGAGGAACCCACCAGACGUCCACGGCAACGUUGGUGAGGUGCAUCUACGAGUCGUCACCACAGGUUCUUUCUCCGAGAUUGUAAUUCUCUCUGUUGCCAUCGGAGGCGCCGUUCUGUUGAUUCUUCUCAUCGCCAUCAUCAUCGUGUCUGUGAGACGCUGUCUGAAGCAGAAGAGUCCUGAACAAAACCACAUUAUAUUCCGACAGCAGCGAAAGGACGUGAUGAUGUGGUGAUGCAGACGGAGAGAGGGAUAGAAUUAGGAAUCAUUCAAGAUCGAAAGAACCAAAUAGCUUAUUUUCUGGAGUUCACGUGCCUUCAUCUGUAACACAAACUCAUUAGCAGGUGUUCUUAGCAAGCAUUAUUAUCAUUAGUGGUGCUUGCCAAAGGCAUCACUAUUGUUCUCUUGCAUACUUCUUCUUCUUCUUCUUUAUUAUUCCUCACAAAGUUUGGUGCGCUACUCCUCCCGCAGCUUUUAUCAAAGACCCCUGAAUGAGGCAUCAAAUCGUGCGGUUCAUUGAGGAGAGGUGUGCUGUGUCUUUUCUAAGUGAUCGGGUGUACGAUGUUCGCACAGCGGACGAAAAAGCGGGCAAAAAAGUCCCAUUGACUUAACAUUGCGGAAUGUUCAGAAAUUUAAAUCCCAACCGACGUUUUCACACACACAGACACCAAGUUAGAAUCAUGCUAACACAUGCUAGCAUCGCCUAGCGAAGUGCUAAAACAUGCUAAAAAUGAGCUAGCAUCAUGCUAACACAAGCGAACAUCGCCUAGCGAAGUGCUAAAACAUGCUAAAAACAAGCUAGCAUCAUGCUAACACAAGCUAGCAUCGCCUAGGGAAGUGUUAAAACGUGUUAAAAACGAGCUAGCAUCAUGUUAACACAUGCUAGAAUCGCCUAGCGAAGUGCUAAAACAUGCUAAAAAU